AUGCUAGACCUGGAAUAUCCACCCCAAGAAAAUCCCUAUUUCCAAGAGAUAUCGAUGGAUCCUAUGUUUCGUUGUGCUCCAAGCUCAGUGAGGGUUGACGAACAAACACCUUUUGGAGCUUACACCACCCUUCUCUCAGAAACAUACCCCUUCUUUCUCAGUCCGCCCUUUACAUCCGGUGUCCAACAACAGGCUCAUAAAGAACAGCUAUACCCCAACGCCUCAACCUCCCCUUCUAUAACGGCUUCUCAGCCCGAGCUGUUGUCGUCCCGCAGCUCGACUUCUGCUCACUCCGUCAGCAGUGCCUCUUCAUCUGGUAUUGGAUCUCCUCACCAAGACCCCUGGCCGGAUAUGAAUCCAGGUUCUGGCUUCGAGGAAACCACAGCGGUCAAUGAUGGACUUUACCCUCAAGAUUACCUAUCUGCCGGCCUUGAUGCGGACCCCGUAAUACCCCACGACAAGCUUUCCGAUUGUUUUUCUGCCCAGCUACCUAACAACUACCAACUCCCGGUCAUUUCAUAUCCAGAUGACCUGCAAUAUUGCUUCGCCGCUUCUGCGUUUCCUUCCAUUUCUCCUGUUCCUUCUCCUACACUCCGUACUCAGCGAUCUGGCCAAUUCCGACUUGGCAACCAUGGGCAACCAGAUCUCCAAUACCAGAAUAGCCAGAAAAGAAAAAUGGAGUUUUCGCCUCCUAUAGGGCUGCAAAAUCCCCCACAAGAAGCCCGACCAUUUACUAGAAGAUCGUCGGUUUCCUCUGAGCGCUCCCGCCCGUCUGUUCCUAGUCCGCAAUCAAGCACUAUUGAAGUUGAGGACGAAGGAAGAGAAAAGGGACGCUGCCCUCAUCCAAACUGCGGCAAAGUGUUCAAAGACCUCAAGGCCCACAUGCUGACCCAUCAGUCAGAGCGUCCGGAAAAAUGCCCAAUCGUCAACUGUGAGUACCACUUGAAAGGAUUCGCGCGCAAGUACGACAAGAACCGUCAUACUUUGACUCAUUACAAGGGAACCAUGGUCUGUGGUUUCUGUCCUGGAUCCGGCUCAGCUGCGGAGAAAAGCUUUAAUAGAGCAGAUGUUUUCAAGCGUCACCUUACUUCCGUUCAUGGAGUGGACCAGUCCGCUCCUAAUGGCCGGAAGAAGACCCCUCCCACCCCCGCUGGCAAGUCAUCAGGUUAUUGUCAGGAUGCGACGGGAAAAUGCUCGACAUGCACAGCUACGUUUUCAAGUGCACAGGAGUUCUAUGAGCAUUUGGACGAUUGUGUUUUGCGGGUAGUACAACAGGAAGAACCUAGUGAAGCUAUCAAUAUGAGACGCCUUGCGGAGGUGGCAUCUGACGAGGCUGUCAAGCAAACCAUGAAAAGGCAUAUGCUUGUUGGCUCGGCUCCGGAUUCCACGAAUAACCCACUUGGUGAGCACGACGCCGAGGACGACGAAAGGAAUAGGCUCCCGCUCGAAAGCUAUUCUGGCAAAGCAGCGGCCAAAUCAAACCCGUCGAAUAGAUUCCUACCUUCGAAUUUUGGGGGGAUUUCAAAGCCCCGGCCCUCGGUUUCAAGAAGGCGCAACAAUAGAAACAAUUAUCCGCCUUCUUGGGGAUGUCCGGCUAACAAAAUGAAAAUGAAACGACGAUUACUCUGCCUGUACGAUGGCCCACGCCGGCUGUGGAAGGACGAAAUGAUGCUGGACAACGAAUUUGAAGUCCGCUUGAACCUGCCAGGUGGCGAUGGAAUGGGACGAGAGGCUUAUGUGACCGACUUGGACGUCGAAACCCUAAAACGAGCUGAAGGGGUGCUAAACGCAACCGCUGAGGAAAAGGGGCCUUGGGAUCCAGCCUCUGCUGCCCCGGGGUUGAUUGGCACUGCUGCCGUUCCCAUUCUCGGAAAUUCCAAUGAGAUAGAGGAUGAAAUAAAUAUUGAUGAACUAAUGUCAUAA